CGGGAGGCUGGAUGCGGGAGGCGCUGGGGCCGUUUAAGCGGCUUCCCUCCCGCCCCCAGCCGCCUGGUCUGGCUCCGGCCCUGUCCCGACCCUCGGCCUGGCCCACUCCGACCCUGCCUGGCUGAGUGGUCCGCCGGGCACGCGGCGGCCUCCGGAGCAGCCCAAGCCCAUGAGGGCCGCGCGCCCGGCCGCCGGCGCUGACGAGACCGAGCUCCUGGCCCACGAGGAGAAGCAGAGGAUCAAUGCGGUUCCAGAAUCGAUUCCAGCGGUUCAUGAACCACCGGGCCCCAGCCAAUGGCCGCUACAAACCAACUUGUUAUGAACAUGCUGCUAACUGUUACACACAUGCAUUCCUCAUUGUUCCAGCCAUUGUGGGCAGUGCCCUCCUCCACCGGCUGUCUGAUGACUGCUGGGAAAAGAUAACAGCAUGGAUUUAUGGAAUGGGCCUCUGUGCCCUCUUCAUUGUUUCCACAGUAUUUCACAUCGUAUCAUGGAAAAAGAGCCACUUAAGGACAGUGGAGCAUUGCUUUCACAUGUGUGAUAGAAUGGUUAUCUAUUUCUUCAUUGCUGCAUCUUACGCCCCAUGGUUAAAUCUCCGUGAACUUGGACCCCUGGCAUCUCAUAUGCGUUGGUUUAUCUGGCUCAUGGCAGCUGGAGGAACCAUUUAUGUAUUUCUCUACCAUGAAAAGUAUAAGGUGGUUGAGCUCUUUUUCUAUCUCACAAUGGGGUUUUCUCCAGCCUUGGUGGUGACAUCAAUGAGUAACACCGAUGGACUUCAGGAACUUGCCUAUGGGGGCUUAAUUUAUUGCCUGGGCGUUGUGUUCUUCAAGAGCGAUGGCAUCAUUCCAUUUGCCCAUGCCAUCUGGCACCUGUUCGUGGCCACGGCAGCUGCAGUGCAUUACUAUGCCAUUUGGAAAUAUCUUUACCGAAGUCCUACAGACUUUAUGCGACAUUUAUGACCAAUCUUUACUAGGUCUCCAAACCAGUAUUAUUUCAAUUAUGGCACUUAGGAGCGGGGUAAGAGCUGAAAACUGCACAGAGGGAAAAAAAAAAAGAAGACAGCUGUACUGACUUUAUAUCUUUUGAAUAUAAUUACUGUGAAAGUAUAAAAGCUGUGUUCUGGAAUUUUCCCCCUCACAGCAGAUAAAUAAGGUAGUGAAUUAAUUAUUCAUUCCAUUCCACUAUCUGAAGUACUCUGGAUAGACUUGGCCAACUGAUGUUUACAAACCAGAAUUUUGUAUUUUAAUUUUACAGAUUUUACUACAUAAUUUUUCUAAAUUACUAGGUCAGGCUGUAAAAGUCAGUGCAAUAACAAAACUUCCUUUUUAAGAGAAAAUGGUUUCUAUCACUUUCCCAUUAGCUGUGUGAAGAAUCAUGGACAGAAUUUACACUACUUUUUACCAUGUUUCAUCUUGGCAUAACAUGGUUAUUUUUUAAAUAGAAACUUCAGUUUUUUGUAAAUUUUUAAAAAAUACUUCAUUGAAAAGCAUUUCUGCAGUUCCUCAUUCAUGUGAAUUUUUGCAGCAAGCUGUCAACAUUCCACAAAUGAACAAACAUUAUACCUCUUCUGAUAGUUUUAUUAAGCAUGGAGAAAUUGCCAAUUUUUAAAAACUACAAGUUUUCCAAAACUCUUCUGCCAGCCUCUGACUCUGAAUUCCAUGUUGCUUUGGGCUGUAUACUUGACCUAGUUUGGUUUCCCAGCGAUGGAAAAGUAUUUUGAUAUCAUUAACUUUUUCAAAAGAUUCAACUUUUUCUCUAUGCCUUUGCCAUGUCUUCUUCAGGGUCCUUUUCAACAGCGGAUGAGUAUCUAGUCUGUACUAAGAGAAUAUUGUUGGGUUGGCCAUCCACUGAAAACUCCUGAAGAGUGUUAUGGAUUACAGCGAAUAGUGGUCAUGCCUGUUUGGUGCCCAAUGGUUGUCAUUGUCACUUAGCUUUAUAUUAUCAGUUUGAUAGUCAUUUUAAAUUAUGGAACUAGAUGUGCAUAAAUUCACAUUUCUACCUUUCCUUUGCAUCUUAUGAUACACUUUCCUCUUUUUCAUGGAAAAGUAUUUAAAGCACUGUUUUACAGAUAAACUCAUGUGUCUGUCGUCCAUGGGUUAUAUCCUGGCUCAGUGGAGUGGUAUUUAAUAUAUCGUUUUUGGUUUUCCUUCAGUGUCUUAUAUUAAGAUUAACAUAUUAGUUGCUUUGUUGGUUAAUCUCCUGUUGGUGUUUUAAUAAAUGAGAUAACCUUGCCUUUAGAUCAGGUGCUGAUAUUGCCUGUUUUCUAGUGAUGGGUUUGAUCAUUGGAAUUGUUGGUUUGUCAAUACAUUGAAGUCAGUUCAUUGAAAUUUUGUACUGAUGUAGCUUUAAAUGAGGGUUUAUUUUGUGUGUGUAUGUUUAGAACUCUCCGACUUUGGUAAAUUAUGUGGGAAUGAAGAACAGAAGAACGGCCUCUUGCUGGUGAAUUCUUAAAUAGGCAAGGUAUCCAGUGAUAGCACCAGCCAGACCACCCCUUCUGCAUGAUUCUGAACAUCUGGAUGCCCCUUGUUUUAUU